AAAGUGUAGUGAAAUCUGUCCAAUGGAGAUACUUCGUUAAGUGUCUUUGUUGUGCUAGCUGAUUAGUAAGCAUUACUCUACAACUAGACUAACUGACGGUCGAGGCACGAUAUUCGAAGCCUGGCUCGCCCCUGACUAAUCCUAGCAACUGCUAGUCUCAAGAGUUGAGUGCAGAUCUACAUCUCGUUUGAGUUAGCUGUUAUGUUUGUGUCUGUGAUGUUAAAACACCUUUCUGAAUUGAACGGAAAAGCCAGCUGAGAAUUUUUGUUUUUCGGGAUAAUCUGCAUAACAUCAGGCAAAAUGUCAUAAAUUGCAAGCCACCCGAGGAAAGACUUGAUCUACAAAACUGCUUCUCUCCAGCUGCCAAAUUAACUCAUUUGUGUUAGAGCUCAUUCAAAGUUCGCUGACGUCUCUGAAUCUGUUUCGGUUUUGUUUCCGCUUUAUUGACGGUCAAGGUUACUGUACAUUUGUCUAUUAGAAUGACCAUCAUUUACCAGAACCGUGUGGCCACAACGUCCCUUGGGGGCUUCCUGAAGCUACUCAGGGCGUGGAGGGGAAGUGUCUACAAGCUCUUGUACAAAGAACUCAUCAUUUUUAUUUCACUCUACGCCAUCAUCAGUUUGAUUUACAGACUAGCGCUGACCGAGGAUCAGAAAAGAGUUUUUGAAAGUAUUGUGAUGGAACUGAGGUCGGCGUCCAAUGUUAUACCACUCUCCUUCCUGCUGGGCUUCUAUGUGACGUUUAUAGUACAGAGGUGGUGGCAGCAGUUCAUAAAUGUCCCCUGGCCAGACAGGUGGUGGUGGACUCCGUUUGUUACCCUGCUCCUCCCAGACAGAACACUUUUUGUCAUGGCCACUUAUUUACAUGGUUUUGACGAGAAGUCAAGAAUGAUGAGACGAUCCGUUGCCAGAUAUGUGCUGUUUGGUUUAAUCCUAAUCUGUCGUGCUGUGAGCGUCUCUGUUAUGAAGCGAUUCCCAACAAUAGAUCACAUCGUUCAAGCUGGUUUCAUCACUAAGGAAGAAGCAGAGAUGUAUGAGAAAGUUCAAUGUAGGUAUCUCAAGUUCUGGGUACCGAUGAUGUGGGCAAAUCAGGUACUGGUGACAGCGAGACGUGAAGGAAGAAUUCAAACAGACUUUGGACUUCGAAUGGUCAUAGAGUGUCUUGCAGACUUCCGAGACAAAUGUUCAGUUUGUUUUGUGUAUGAUUGGAUCACAGUUCCCUUAGUAUACACCCAGGUUGUAACAUUUGCCACCUAUUCUUACUUCGCUGUUGCAUUGCUGGGACAGCAAUAUUUGGAUCCAAGCCAGAAGCAUCCUGGAUACACCAGAGAUUUUUAUUUUCCUGGUUUUACCAUUCUGCAGUUUUUAUUCUACAUGGGUUGGCUCAAGGUAGCAGAACAGAUGAUAAACCCCUUUGGUGAAGAUGAUGAUGACUACGACAUCAACUGGUUGUUAGACAGACAUACUGCAGUAGCAUUCUGCUUGACUGACCAUUGCUAUGGCAGACAUCCUGCAUUAGUAAGGGACCAGUUCUGGGAUGACUUAGCUGCAGAUGUACCUUACACAGAGUCUUCCUUUGGCUCCAUCAGGCCCAACUUCUUGGGGACAACUUUUAAUAUAGAUAAACCUAAUUUAGAAAAUGAGAAGAUGAUUAUUACAGACCAUGAAGAGCUCAAUAACUUACCUUGGCAUCAGAGGUCAAGGGGUAAAGGAUCAAUCACAGGCUCCGUUUUAAGCCUGUUCCAUGGUCGUUCUACUCGACGGAGUCCUUCCCAGGCCACUCUGGAGUCUACAGGUAGCAUGCAUGGAAGUAUGCAUGGCCGCAUGCAUAACCUUGUAAAUGGCAAGGCCACAAGGUACUCUGUAAUCAGCCAUGAGCAGGAUGAGAUGAGAAGGUCCUCCGUGGACCUCCCGGUAAAGGACGAGACAGACAAUAGCAUCAAAGCUGCGUUUCAGGUGAGGCAGAGGGCCAACACAGAUAGUGACUGUAUUGAUGUCGAAAGCAAGAACAGGAAACUCAGUUUACCCAUUCAGAUCUCACCCAGUAACAAACCUUCCAGUUCUCCUAAAAGCAACAGAUUCACUAUCGAGCCUGUAAAGGACUCUGACUCUGAGCCAGAAUCAUCCAACAAGGCAAGGAGAAUCGGCCAUGUUAAUGCACCAUUCUUAAACAUGGAGAAAAUCUCAAGAAUUCCAGAGUUAUCAGCCAUAGAAGAGGGUAACACUGUGACCAGUAUGUCCCAGUUCAUACCUGAACUGAAAAAGGUGAAAGAUGAAGAAGAGCAGCUUCUACAGAGUGACAACGUUGCAGUGAAGAGCCAAGACGACCCUAACAAUAACAUUCACAGAGGAAACAGGAGUUCGUACACAGUGUCUAACUUUGAGCCACUGAUCUCAGAGCUGGAUGAGGACUACAUCACAGCCGAAGCUUCGUCUGACCCUAGCUCUCCAGUGUAUCCUUACUUUGAUGCCAUUGACACUAUAGAUCUUGAAGAUACUCUAAUGGGCAGGAGGAGAAAUGUCCCACAAGCGAAGGCUUCCAGGCGACACUGACCUCAUCUUGAUCAUCACAUUGAGUUACAGGUUCAUUAGUCAUAGUCUUUAAAUGGGUGUACAUUAAUGUUAUGGUUAUCCUAUUCAAAAGAUCUCGUGUUGUACAUUUUACUUUUUUUUUUCAAGAGAUUAUGUCAGUGUUUUUUACACAUCAUGGCAACAGAAUAUUGUAGCUUGUUAUUGUAUAUCAUUCACACAAUCUGUUUGAAUAAUUAUGAAAUUUUAUGUUAGCAUAUCAAUAAGAUCCAUGAUCUUGCUGAAUGUAUUUCAAAGUGACUGAUGAACAAUUGUGUCAACAAUAGAUAAGGCUAAUUUCUAUUACAAAAGUGUUGUUGUUUCCUUUGUCGCUUUCUUAAUAUAGAAGUUGUGAUGAAAUGAAAUAGUGAAAUGCUUGUUAGAAAUACUGUGAGUUUUAACUUCUAGUUAAGAAUCAUAGCUUUGUACAUUUAUAAUUGUUUUAUUUUUCUAUCAUGAAUCACAUUUCUGUCUAGUUAAAAAUUGCAAAAGGUAUUUUUGCAAUUUUUUCAUUUUUAAAUUUGUUUUAACCAUUGAAAUUAAAUUAAAGACACAAUUCACUUGGAAAGAACAGCUGUCCACCACAAUGGCAUAUGCUAGCCAUUUUCAUGUGAUAAAAAAAAGUGAUUAGUUAUAUCUUAGGUUUCAUUAAAGUGAUUUAAAGAAAUUGAAAAUGAAUGAAAUUCAAAAGAUCUAUACUCUAAUUUUAACAGAUCAGAUAUGUAUAUUUAUAAAUAACAGUGUUUGAGCUUAACUAAUUUGAACAGUGUAUGAAAUCUCUAUUUUUAAAAUUUGGUUAUAAAUAUAAUUUUUUUUAUAAUCAUAGUUUUACAUAUGUGUAAUACAUUUGAUGUCUUAACUUAAUUAAAGCAUAAUGUGGAGCUCAUUAUUUGUUAUUAUGAAUGAGCACUAUUUUAUUUCGUGUAUAUAUCAAGAUUCUGUUGAGCCUUUUCUUGAUUUUGAAAUCGAUUAUGAGCAGGUUGGGCCUUGCAUUAUCUCUGAGACUCUUCACCUUUCGAACCUUUCUGGUUGUCUUACUUUUGAUAUUGAUUUUAUUUUUAUUUGAUCAGAAAAAAAGUAAGAAAAAAAUAAUUUUCUAAGCCCAAAAUGUAUUAGAAAUAUUUUUUUUUUUGGCAUUAUAUAAAAUAUUAAUAAAUAAUAAAAAACAAUUACAGGCCUAGUUUUUGUUUUGUAAAAAGUACUAUUUUCAUGUGUAUUUGUUCUCUACAGCAGAAAAAAAUGUCUUUAAAGAACUUGUGGUUUUGAGGCACUAUAUAUUAAUCUAUCGUUACGACCACAGCUAAUGCCCAGGCAUUGAGCCUUAGUCCAUGAAGGAGGCCAUAGAAUAUUAAUCCAACAAACCUAAACCAGAAGGCAUGAAAAACCCUUGCUGUUUGGUCUGAUGCAUUACUUAUUUAUUUUUUUUCACUGCAAUUUUUCUUCUAAUCUGUAAUAAAUAUGGUUUUAUGUUUUGUUUAUUUAUUUUUUUAUCUUUUGUACUUCUUGAUGGUAACACUGUCUUCCAUGAGCAGCUAGAUGUGCAUGACUUGACAGAUGUAUAAAUAGCAUAUGAUGAACAUUAUAUUUGGGCUGUUAAUUUGUACAUAGAAUGUGACAAUGAGGAAGUUUGACAUUGUCUAAGUAUGUUGCAUGUGAUAACAUACAUUGUCUAAGUAUGUUGUAUGUGAAAACAUACAUUGUCUAAGUAUGUUGUUUGUGAUAACAUACAUUGUCUAAGUAUGUUGCAUGUGAAAACAUACAUUGUCUAAGUAUGUUGCAUGUGAUAACAUACAUUGUCUAAGUAUGUUGUAUGUGAUAACAUACAUUGUCUAAGUAUGUUGUAUGUGAUAACAUACAUUGUCUAAUUUUGUUGUAUGAAGUAUGUUGUAUGUGAUAACAUACAUUGUCUAAGUAUGUUGUAUGUGAUAACAUACAUUGUCUAAGUAUGUUGUAUGUGAUAACAUACAUUGUCUAAGUAUGUUGCAUGUGAUAACAUAUUCUGAAGUCAUUUUUGACAUCCCCCUUUUACUGCAAAUAAAAGACAUAUACACUAUUUUUUUUACUUAUUAAUUUUGUCACUUUUAUGUAUACAAUAUUUAAAAAAUCUCAAGCUGUUUAUAAAUUUUGUGAUAUUAUGUUUGAAUGGGUGUGUAUACUUGUCUGUUUGUAAAUUAUAAAUAGAAAAUGAAAAAUCAUUGAAGGCUGUAUUAGAAUAAAUGUCCCCUCUUUUGAAAUUAACAUUUUGUAUUCCGUAUCAUUCCAUGCAGCGAAGCAUUUUUUGCUUAGAAAGUUAUGCAGACCAAACAAGAGAAUUACAAUUUUCACUUUUUCACUCUGACAAAAAAAUUUUAACGACAUGGGAUAACUAAUGAACAAUUAAUAAAAUAAAUGUUUUACCUUUUGUAAAGGAAUUACAUUUUUGUUAUCCUCUGUAGAAGUGGGUAAGAAAAAUGAAGUACAGAUUGCCAAGUUGGUAUUUUUUUUUCUUGAUUUUGGAUUUGUUGUGUAUCACCUGGUUCACUUAAAACAAGUAAAAAGUUUCCCUUUCAGACUUAGCAAUUUAUAGUCAGAUGAUGUUAAAUGUCACCUGUUUCUACGGCCAAUGUGUGGCAGGGUGUCUAGUGGCUAGCUGCCUUUAAUUUCUCCAACGACCAAUACCCAUUUAGUUUGGUGGACUCAGGAGCAUCUUGUAAAUACGAAAAUUUAAAAGCCCAGUCUAGACCAAAAUUCAAAUCUGAGAACCUUUGGUUCAGAAGCCAAGGGCUUUACCUCUUAACGACCAUGCCCUUACCUAGUCCCCAUGUUUCAGUCUAACAUUUCCCCAUAUUUUGUCAAUUGACCCUGUAUGUUUGGACUUGAAAGCAUAUGUUCAACAAAAUGCUUAUUAAAUUAUUUAGAUGUCAUUUCUAAGUUUUUCUGAGUUAGCCAACAUAAAACACAGUGACUUGGGCUGAAGUUAUUUGCCGUUCUUACAACUGAAGCGAUAAAGUUUUUAUUUCAUUAUCUAUCCAUUGUUUCAUAAUUGAUGAGAAAAUGCAGCCUGUUAUAUUGUACCAAACUUUUCAGUUUAUUUAAUGUCCUGUGUUUUUUUAAGUAACAAAAACCACAAAUCUAGUUGAUUUUAAAUUCGGUUUAAAUUAUUUGGUAGUAAAAAAAAAAAGUUGUGCGUGUUAUGUUUACAAUUUUUUUUUUUGUUAAAAUGUUUUCUUUGUAUCCACAAUAUUUUUUUUUCAUGUCAGAUAUUGCUUUCAGUUUUGACCUAAGUAAGAAAUCUUUUUUUUUCACUAGGAAGUUAAAGAGCUCCUAAAUCUUAGCAUUGUACAGAUGUUGUUAUCUUUACAAGUUAGGUUGUUUCUCAUAGAAGCAGAUCUGUAUGAGGAAAAUAUUAGGUUAUAUUCUUAACAUUUUUUUCAGUUCUAAUUUCUAUUACUUUUGGGGUCCAAAUUAGAAAAAAAAAAAAAAAAUUGGUAUAAAAGAUAGUUUUAUAUGUAUAAUUUAUAGUUUGGUCUGUCUUGCAUAUAAUGUUUUGCACAUUUAGUUCUGCACCUAUUCUUGUGAUAUAUAUGCCACUUAUUUGUUGUACUCACUAUAUUUGGCUAACAUUCCAUACCACGGGUAAACUUUGUCCUACCCUACCUGUGAAGUAGGAUCAUUGGAUUACUUAACACAUGUACUUUGUAUAGAUUAUAUUUCCUACUAACUAACUGAUGUAAAUAUUGAUUGACUCACAAUGAUGGGUGGAAAUUGGAACAUUAAACAAGUAAAAAAUACAAACUGGUUAAAAUUUCUUUUUGUUGUAUUGUUCAAGAACAAAUUGAUGGUUUCAUUCUAAGCUAAUGUGUUGUCAUCUGGAAGAUGUUUUAUAUUUAAAUGAAUUAUUUGAUUUACAUGUUAACCCAUUUAUCACCAGUCUAAAAAAAAAAUCAAAAAAAUCUGUUGUAGUGA